AUGCCUGAUUCCCCCCCUUCCCCAGAGUCGCGGCCCUUUUUGUCCUGGCCGUCAUCGACUUUGCAUCCGUCGAUAGAUACUCGACCAAGAGAGGCAGGAUCCAGUUCAACAGCCUUGCAAAUCACCAGGCUCCCUCCCAAUGUGUCAAUACGGGCCCCAACCAAGGCCAAUGUGCACCUUCUCAAACGCAUAAAUUCACUCCUCCUCCCGGUGUCUUACCCGGAAAACUUCUAUCGCGAGAUCCUGCAGAAUCCUGAAAGCGAAGCCUUGACCAGGCUCGCGUUUUACGAUGAAGAAUGUGUCGGUGGCAUCAGGUGCAGGCUUGAAACCGCGGCCGAGUAUCAAGCUGGCUUGGAAAAAUUGGAUACAACAGAUAUUUAUGGUAGCUCUAAGAUCCUGGAAGCAGUUGCCGACCAUAAGGCCAAUGGCAGUGGCGGUCGCAGGAAUAGCGAAGACAAUCACCCGAAAAGAAAAGUCUACAUCAUGACGUUGGCGGUGCUUUCGCCAUACAGGUCUCUUUCUAUUGGGAGUCAUCUUUUAGACCAUAUCUUAUCCAUCGCGGCUAAGGAGCCAACCAUCGAUGCGGACCUUGCGUACGCCCAUGUAUGGGUGUCCAAUGAUGGCGCGCUGGAAUUCUACCGCAAGCAAGGUUUUGAGGUGGACAGCGGGCCGAUAGUGCGCAAUUAUUAUCGUCGGCUCGAGCCUCGAGAUGCACGGCUAGUGUUCCGGAGAAUCACUUGUACGCGUUCCUAG